UCGCGAGAUUACGCGACCUCAGCCAAGUGCUUCCUGGAAAUUGAGAAGCCGUUGCACCACGUGGAACGCUGAGAGCCAGCAGACACAAAGUAUCGGGACAAACUAUACAAGGAAAUCCAACAAGCGUUAUAAAGUAACGUUACAAGUCCAAGCACACUCUGAAGACAAGUUACAAUGGAGAAUUACCAGGUGCUGAGGGUUAUAGGAGAGGGCUCGUUCGGCAGAGCUCUUCUCGUGAGCCACCUAAACGCCGCUGAUAAGUAUGUAAUGAAAGAAAUCAGACUUCCAAAGUCUUCAGCUGCAAUUAAAGAGUCUAGAAAAGAAGCGAUUCUCCUGGCGAAGAUGAAACAUCCCAAUAUAGUGAAAUUCCGGGAGGCGUUCGAAGCGGAUGACCACCUGUAUAUAGUGAUGGAAUACUGUGAUCGGGGCGAUCUGCUGGAGACCAUUAAACUUCAGAGAGGAAAACUGUUUCCAGAACACACAGUCCUCCACUGGUUUGUUCAGAUAUGUCUGGCCAUACAGCAUGUUCAUGAGAAACGAGUGCUGCACAGAGACAUUAAGUCAAAGAAUAUUUUCCUUACACAAAGAAGAACCAUAAAGUUGGGGGACUUUGGAUCAGCGCGUGUUCUCUCCAGUCCAAUGGCCUAUGCCUGUACAUAUGUCGGGACACCAUAUUACGUUCCUCCUGAGAUCUGGGAAAACUUACCUUACAAUAAUAAAAGUGAUAUCUGGUCAUUGGGAUGUGUGCUAUAUGAAAUCUGCACCUUGAAACACCCAUUUCAAGCUGGCAGUUGGAAAAAUCUAAUUAUGAAGAUCUGCCAUGGGACCUACAGUCCACUGCCUUCCCAAUACUCAUAUGAAUUGCGGAGUCUAAUUAAACAGAUAUUUCGUAAAGAUCCCCGGCAGCGGCCUUCAGUCAACACUAUUCUCAAGAGAAGAGGACUACUAAAAAUGGUGAAUUUGUGUGUAUCUUCCCAGAUUGAUGACACCUCAGGCCUCCCAAAUGAUGAAUCUACCUCAAUGAUCCAGUCUAUGAAGGAACAGCAGGGAGCUUCUUCAGACGCACAACAGUCCGCUUCACCAGUAGCAGAUAGGAAACAAUGGGAGAAAGGAGCAACAAACACCGUUUUGAAUGUUCUAGAAAAGGCCCCUAUCCUCACAUCAAGCAUUGAAGCAAACAGAAGUGAAGGAGGCCACGUUAUAAAGUAUGAUCUGAAGGAAAAGAGGAAGGAAUGGAAUAAGGAGGCACCAGAAACUCUUAUUAAUAUCUUGCAUAACCUGGAUCUCUGUUCGGCAUUUAAGACUUACACCAUCUAUAGAUCUAAAGAAGACCCAAAAGAUUGUCUGAAAGGUCCACUCUUUAACAAUAUUCAAGCUCCAGAUGCCACAGACGGCAGGGAAGAAGAAAUUGAGAUGGAUCCUGAGAGGCUGGAGUCGAGAUCUGAUGAUGAAGACACGGAUUUUGAGGAAGAUGAGGUGGAUCCAGACUGGGUCUCAGAACUGCAGAAAGUGACCGAUUCUCAGUAAAGCUGAAGACCAUACUGGGACAUGCACUGCAUAUGACGAAAACUGGGUGAAGACUUGUUUUAUGGAUCAAACCAGAGUAACCUCAUUCUUUAUGACAAACUUCUGAAAGUAACACUACAGGAGAAUGGACCGGAUCACUUGGAUUCAAUUCAAGAACGGGAAUUAUUAUUUUAUUGUGGCUUUAACUGAACCUGAUAGAAUAAGGUUGAAAACUUACUUGUAAGAUUAGAGAACCUCCCAGAGGAAUGAGGAACAUUCACAACAUCUGCUGUUAUCACCUUUUUUUCCUGUGACUUUUAAAUGUAGUGAAAAAACCCACAGAGUCCAGAUGUCUGUCCAUGGUUCCUCAAUGGGUCGCAGUUGUGUUGCAUUGAUUUUCCCUUUCAUUUAGCUGAAAAAUAUGCAGCACUGACAACCCCUUCUAUAUGCUGUACUGACAACCCCUUCUAUAUGCAGCACUGACAACCACUUCUAUAUGCUGUACUGACAACCACUUCUAUAUGCAGCACUGACAACCCCUUCUAUAUGCUGUACUGACAACCCCUUCUAUAUGCUGUACUGACAACCACUUCUAUAUGCAGCACUGACAACCCCUUCUAUAUGCAGCACUGACAACCCCUUCUAUAUGCAGCACUGACAACCCCUUCUAUAUGCAGCACUGACAACCCCUUCUAUAUGCAGCACUGACAACCCCUUCUAUAUGCUGCACUGACAACCCCUUCUAUAUGCAGCACUGACAACCCCUUCUAUAUGCAGCACUGACAACCCCUUCUAUAUGCAGCACUGACAACCCCUUCUAUAUGCAGCACUGACAACCCCUUCUAUAUGCAGCACUGACAACCCCUUCUAUAUGCUGUACUGACAACCCCUUCUAUAUGCAGCACUGACAACCCCUUCUAUAUGCAGCACUGACAACCCCUUCUAUAUGCAGCACUGACAACCCCUUUUAUAUGCCGCACUGACAACCACUUCUAUAUGCUGUACUGACAACUCCUUCUAUAUGCUGUACUGACAACCCCUUCUAUAUGCUGUACUGACAACCCCUUCUAUAUGCAGCACUGACAACUCCUUCUAUAUGCUGUACUGACAACCCCUUCUAUAUGCAGCACUGACAACCACUUCUAUAUGCUGUACUGACAACCCCUUCUAUAUGCAGCACUGACAACCCCUUCUAUAUGCAGCACUGACAACCCCUUCUAUAUGCAGCACUGACAACCCCUUCUAUAUGCUGCACUGACAACCCCUUCUAUAUGCAGCACUGACAACCCCUUCUAUAUGCAGCACUGACAACCCCUUCUAUAUGCAGCACUGACAACCCCUUCUAUAUGCAGCACUGACAACCCCUUCUAUAUGCUGCACUGACAACCCCUUCUAUAUGCAGCACUGACAACCCCUUCUAUAUGCAGCACUGACAACCCCUUCUAUAUGCAGCACUGACAACCCCUUCUAUAUGCAGCACUGACAACCCCUUCUAUAUGCAGCACUGACAACCCCUUCUAUAUGCAGCACUGACAACCCCUUCUAUAUGCAGCACUGACAACCCCUUCUAUAUGCAGCACUGACAACCCCUUCUAUAUGCAGCACUGACAACUCCUUCUAUAUGCUGUACUGACAACCCCUUCUAUAUGCAGCACUGACAACCCCUUCUAUAUGCAGCACUGACAACCCCUUCUAUAUGCAGCACUGACAACCCCUUCUAUAUGCAGCACUGACAACCACUUCUAUAUGCAGCACUGACAACCCCUUCUAUAUGCAGCACUGACAACCCCUUCUACACUCACCUAAAGAAUUAUUAGGAACACCAUACUAAUACGGUGUUGGACCCCCUUUUGCCUUCAGAACGGCCUUAAUUCUACGUGGCAUUGAUUCAACAAGGUGCUGAUAGCAUUCUUUAGAA